UGGCUCAGGCUUUACUUUUUACUCCCUCCUCAGCCCCAAACACAACAUGAUGUCCUGUGCUGCUAUGGGCUCAGCUUCGCACGUUAUUUCGCGCAUUCAUGUUGCCUAAGAUUUAAUUUAGCUGAAAUUAUUAUUUUGUAUCUUGAAGUUGAUUUUCAAACGGAGACAGCAGGGAUACUCGCUUGAUCUCAGACUCCAGUGGGUGCUGACAGAGCAAGUUUCACAGGAGACACUGGCAUAAAAACUGUUUUAGUAAUUCCUGAGGGGGAAGAAGACCCCAGAAAAGAGCAGUCUCAGCCGGGAUUAGAGAAAGCAGUCGACCUCUGUGACAAAACGAGAGCAUCAGUCAUGCUGGGCGGUGAAGGGGAGAGCAGCACCUUCUCUUCUGCGAAGGAAGCAGCGGAAGAGAGGCGCAAGUCUCCGGCUGCGGAUGCGGACGAUCCGACUCCCGGCAGCAGGUACACGGAGCACGGAAUGGGUGCUGACCGGUACUACAUCCCCACAGUGUCUAAACAGAGCCCAGAAGCACCGAACCCCUGCUCCUUUAUCCCAUAUACCCCCAGUGGGACGGUUUACACCCCGUCCAGCGCAGGCAGGUACCCCUCAUCUCUCCACCUGGGCUCCGUGUUGCCUCCCGCGGGGUUUUCCCCCUCCGCAGCCGGCCGCAGUCACUUCAGCCCGGCUUACCAGCUGGGGCAGAGUCCCGGGUGCAUCUACCCGCCCUACACUAGCUCAGGGUCGGCUCUCGGCAACAUCACGCUCCCCAGCGCCGGCCCCGGGAUCAGGGCCCAGGUGUACCUCUGCAACCGGCCGCUGUGGCUCAAGUUCCACCGGCACCAGACCGAGAUGAUCAUCACCAAGCAGGGCAGACGGAUGUUCCCUUUCCUGAGCUUUAACAUAGCUGGUCUGAACCUGACGGCGCACUACAACGUGUUUGUGGAGGUGGUGCUGGCGGAUCCGAACCACUGGAGAUUUCAGGGUGGCAAGUGGGUGACCUGUGGGAAGGCGGACAACAGCAGCCAAGGUACUGAGACAGGAAACAAAGUCUACAUCCACCCAGAGUCUCCAAACACAGGGGCCCACUGGAUGAGACAAGAAAUCUCCUUCAGCAAACUAAAACUUACCAACAACAAAGGAACCAACCACAACACUUCACAGAUGAUUGUCCUGCAAUCGCUGCAUAAGUACCAGCCUAGGCUGCACAUCGUGGAGGUGACGGAGGAUGGGGUGGAGGACAUUAGCAGUGACGUGAAGACUCAGAGCUUCACCUUUCCAGAGAACCAGUUUAUAGCUGUGACUGCCUACCAGAACACUGACAUUACACAGCUGAAAAUUGAUCACAACCCUUUUGCCAAAGGAUUCAGAGAUAAUUAUGAUUCGAUGUACACAGCUCCGGACAAUGACCGCCUCACACCAUCUCCGACCGACUCUCCUCGUGCACACCAGAUUGUCCCCGGGGCCCGUUACACCAUGCAACCCCUCUUUCAGGACCAAUUUGUCAACAACCUCCCCCAGAAUCGCUUCUAUAACAGCGAGAGAGCAGUGCCGCAGACUAACAGCCUCCUCUCACCUCAGACAGAAGACGGAGCUUCACAGAGGUGGUUUGUCACCUCCAUGCAGCAAGGCGGCAACAGCACUAGCACCAGCAACAAGCUCGAUCUGACACCCUAUGAGGGGGAAUACUCAAGCUCUCUGCUUCCUUAUGGUAUCAAAUCUCUCUCCAUGCAAACAUCCCACGCUCUCAGCUACUACCCAGACUCUCCUUUCACCACCAUGUCUGCAGGGUGGGGGCCCAGAGCAGCAUACCAGAGAAAGGUUGCUCCCAGCCUGCCUUGGUCUCCCAGGCCCAGUCCCACCUCUUUCCCAGAGGACUCAAACAAAGUUAAACCACAGAUAGAAGAGGAGGUGAAUGUGCAUGGCAGCCUGAUCUCCUCCUGGACAGAGACACAGCCAUCAGCUCUGUCCUUAGACACUGCUGAUUCUUACUCCACGGCCUGCAAACGAAGGCGUUUGUCUCUCAGUGGUCCCAGCACAGAGGACUCACCCUCUGACAUCAAGUGUGAGGACUUGGCCUCUGCUGCCACCAACAGUAGCUCCUAUAGCAAAGAAGCACCUUCAUCCAAAGGCAUGGCAGCUUACUAUUCCUUUUACACCAACCCUUGAACGGGUUGUGCCUAAAAUAUUUUGUCUCAUUUGCUGUUGUUUUUCAUCUGCCACCAUGCAUAUGAAAUAUUAUUUUGCUAUUUUGUUAUGUGCAAACCUAAAAUUUGUCUUGGUGCUGAUAAAUAUGGUGAUCAUUUUUAAAAUUUUCUUUUUGUGGUGACAUAGGAAAUAUCAAGGACGCCUCAGCAUCCUCAGAUGUUGGCUUGAUCCAUCUAUUCUGUCCUAAGUCCAUCUUUUCUCCUUGACUAUUUUUUUUCGCCACCCCAUUUAUGUAACUCUGUAUUUUAAGUUUUGAAAGUGCCAAAGCAUUUGUUUAAUUUCCACAGUAUUCUGUAUGUUUCAUUGCGCAUACAUUACUGUAUCUGCCUUUAUUCUGAGGUUAUGUGUUUACAGAUUAUUUAUUGAAGGCCUGUUGAUAUGAAAUUUGUGCACUCAUAAAUGUGAUGAUAAUAUGCUGUAUAUACCUUCAUUGCAAUGUUCAGAUAUUUGAUAAUAAAAGGCAUAUGUGUUUUAUCCAG